AUGCCCAGCAUCAUGGCUAAUUGGGGUCUCCGUGGCCUUUUCUCCCCGCUCCUCCCUGACCCCUCUACAUGGCACUCUCGACCAGAGCCAGCCAUAGCUCUGCUAGGUUCUCUAGCCCUCUUGUUCAUCUGGUACUGCUACCGUGUGGGGACAGGACAGGUAGCCCCUGCAACUCAUCCGCAAGGUGUGCCAACCGAAGAAGGAUGCCCUCGCCGUACCCUCAGGGGCGAUGCUAUCAAUCAGCGCCUCUAUCGCAGCCUGCGAGAUUACGCCAAGCGCUAUUCAUGGUCAGGUAUGAACCGGCUGCACAAAGGUAUCCGGGACCAGGCCCAUUACCAGCUGGGUGAACGGAUGGCCAUCCAGAAGCCCAGCGCUUUCUACCUCCCCGACUUGCCUUCGGCCCCCUAUUUCCCCCGCGAGUCUCAGCGUCACGAUGUGGAGAUUCUUGAACUCAGUUUCCCAGCCAUCCUGCGGGAAUUUGAGGGCAUUGCAAGGGACUUUGAACCAGGAGCCCCAGUGCCACGGGGAUGGAUCGUCAACGCCAACCCCGGCUGGCACAGUUAUUACCUCUACCGACAGGGGGAGUGCAUAGCACAGAAUUGUCGCAGCUGCCCAUGGACGUAUCGGGCACUCAGCGCACUACGCACCUUUAUCAACGCCAAUUGCUUUGGAAACGCCUGCUUUAAUGUCUUGCAGCCCGGAACUGUGAUACCUGGCACCUAUGGACCAACGAACACCAGGGUACGGUGUCAUUUAGGGCUAAAAGUGCCACCCGGUUGUGAGUUGGUGGUGGGUGGUGAGCCACAGUGCUGGUCUGAAGGAUACUGCCUCCUGGUGGACGAUUCCUUCCUGCACACCACAGCCCAUAAUGGUUCCCCCAGCGAUGGACCUCAGGUGAUUUUUAUUGCUGAUCUCUGGCAUCCCAACGUAGCAGGACCUGAACGACAGGCAUUAGAUUAUAUCUUUGCCCCUGGUCGAUAGAUGCUUGACCUAAGAAGUAUUGGGGGCAUGGACACAAUUUCACAAAUACUUGCUGCUCCUCACAAAAACCAACUACUCCCUAUACUUAUCUAGAUUCACUGUUUUCCUGAAUU